ACAGCUUAUUGAGGACAGUUCUAAAUCAAAUAAAAACAUCACAAGCGAUUUUCAUGAUCCCUAUUAUGUUGUUAAAAUUAUUGUAAUUUUGCAAGGGGUUUGUAAAGCUAUGAUCGGAGCUGCACUGGUCUUCAGGAUCCUUCCUCGUGAGUCUUGUUUGUGUAGAUUGGGGUCGAGCUGAAGUGACCCUCACGAGUUCCUGCUGAAUGGAGAAGUUCACUGGUUUCUGCUGUAAUCAUUAACAGAGUCAUCGGAUGAGCUCCAGGUCGCUUCGCAAACACUCUUUGUGAGGGAAGAUCUUCUGAGGCGUUCCUGAUCUCAUCCAACAGACAUUUCAACAUUCCUCCCAUAGUUCAGAGUGUGUGUCACACACACCUGUCUGUCUGACCCUCAUCAGACUCGGUGUAAUCAUGUCCAACAUUGAGAUUCUGUUCUGUCCAAUGAUUGUUUUUAACUUUCAGGUUAUCAAAUUUGCAAGCUAGUUUUCCUCCGGGCUGAGCAGUGAUUUUAAAUAUGCAAAAUAACAAACGAGAGGCAUUCGGUCUGAUAUCCAGCGAGUAACUUCAUCUGGAAACAUCAUUUCCCUGCGUCUACAAACACGAUGCAAAUCAUGUUCCCUCCGCUUGAGCUGGACGGUGUGUUUAUGUCUGUGAUUCCAGGAUUUCAUGUUUUAUUGAUGACAUUAUAAACAGCAAUGAUUUGAAGGCUUUAUAUUCUAUGCAACAUGAUUCAGCUUAAGCUCAUUCAUGUCCAAUCCUCAUUUCUGGGGAAAUAUUUUUGUUUUCAGUUUGUAAUUUUAAAGUGCGAUCAAUAUUUCUCUCUUAUUUUGAAGGAACAGGGACAUUCUGAGUAUUAGUGAGCUGGUUUCACAGUAAGGAGGUGUUUUGGCCCCUGAGGGACUCUGGGUUUCAGGUGCCAUUCGGUCUCCUGUGAAUGAUAUUAGCCAGCUAUCCAUGUCCAUGAUGACCAACACACGCUAAAGACAGAUGCUCAGACACUACUGUGUCUCAUUCAGUCUCUUAUCUCUGUGAGGAAGCGCCUCGUGUGUAAAAUAAACUAAUAUAAUAAUAAGAGAACCGGCCGCGAGGCUCCGCCCACAGCGCUGACGUCCCUCAUUUCAAAUAUCACCCCACUGCAGAGCCACGCCCCCCGCGACUUCAUUCAUAUGGAUGGUUUUUGCCCCGGUCCCGUCACUGAUCACAAGAGCGCGGUAACGUUAUCAUCGUCGUCGUCUUGACUCGCUGUUAAUCCUCAGAUAUUGGAACCGGUGACCCGGAGAGUGUGUGUGAUCGAUCAGGUGAUGGAGAUUCGGAUCGGCGCUCGGCUCGGAUUCAUCUGCUCGGUUCUUCUGCUUCACGGUGUUCACGGAGCCCGUGCAGCCGUCUGCAGACAGGAUCAGUUCAGCUGUGCAAACGGGAAAUGCAUCACCAGCCGCUGGGUUUGUGACGAGACGGACGACUGCGGCGACGGGAGCGACGAGCUGUCCGAGUCCUGCAGCCAGAAGAAGUGUUCGUCGGUUCAGUUCAGCUGCGGCGGGCGUCUCAAUCAGUGCGUGUCCACCAGGUGGCGCUGCGAUGGGAAGUCUGACUGCGAGAACGGCGCGGACGAGCAGGGCUGCGUGCUGAAGAACUGCACAGACGAGGAGUUCCGCUGCCGCAGCGGUCAGUGCGUGUCGCUGUUGUUCGUGUGCGACUCCGAGUCCGACUGCAGCGACGGCAGCGACGAGGCGUCUUGUCCCGCGCCCACCUGCGGCCCCGGAUCCUUCCAGUGCAAUAACUCUGUGUGCGUGCCGCAGCUCUGGGCCUGCGACGGCGACGCCGACUGCGCAGACGGCUCUGACGAGUGGCCGCAGAGCUGCCCGGCCGGCACGGGUCAGCAGCCGCAGACGGUCUGCCGUGACGAGUUCCUGUGCGCCAGCGGCGAGUGCAUCCACAGCAGCUGGAGGUGCGACGGAGCUGCCGACUGCGCAGACGGCUCAGACGAGCACAACUGCACUGCGCUCACCUGCCGUCCGGAUGAGUUCCUGUGUAACGACGGCAGCUGCGUCCCGGGACUGCGUCAGUGUGACGGGAAUCCCGACUGCCCGGAUCGCAGCGAUGAGACGGACUGCUUUACUGUGCAUGCGUGUGACGGGCCGAGCAGGUUUAAGUGCGGCAGUGGCGUGUGCAUCAGCGCAGACAGAGUGUGUGACGGUCAGAGAGACUGCCGCGACGGCUCAGAUGAGCCUCUCAAAGACUGCAACACUAACGAGUGCCUCACUAACAACGGCGGCUGUUCCCACACGUGCAGCGACCUGAAGAUGGGAUACGAGUGUGUGUGUCCGGCCGGAUUUCACCUGAUCAACCGCACACACUGUGACGACGUGGACGAGUGUGCAGACGCAGACAGAUGCACUCAGAUCUGUAUAAACCUGCCGGGCAGCUUCAGGUGUGACUGUAAAGAUGGGUUUGAGCUGGAUCACAUGACCAAAGACUGCAAAGCGGUAACAGGAUCCGACGCGUUCCUGCUCUUCAGCACGCGGCACGAGGUGAGGAAGAUGGCGCUGGGCAGCCGGACGUACACGGCGCUGAUCCGCCGGCAGAAGAACGUGGUGGCGCUGGACGUCGACGUUCACAGAGACACCAUCUUCUGGUCAGACGUGAGCCUGAAGAAGAUCUACAGCGCCGCGGCCGCUGACCCCGCCCACCACAGCACUGUGAUUGACAGCCGGAUCUCCCGCCCCGAGGGUCUGGCGGUGGACUGGGUCCACGGGAACAUCUACUGGACGGACAGCGAGCUGCAGACCGUGUCGGUGGCUACGGCAGACGGCAGCAAACGCAAGACGCUGGUCAGCGAGGGUCUGCAGCGUCCGCGCGCGAUCGUCGUGGACCCGCAGCGCAACUUCAUGUUCUGGACGGACUGGGGCGAGCCGGCGCGGAUCGAGAAGAGCGGCCUGAACGGCGCGGACCGGACUCCUCUGGUGACCGACCACAUCGCCUGGCCCAACGGCAUCACGCUCGAUGUUCUGACCGGCCGUCUCUACUGGGUCGACUCGAAGCUACACACACUGUCCAGCAUCGGUGUGAACGGAGACGGACGACACACACUGAUCCAGGACCAGCACACGCUGCCGCACCCGCUGGCGCUCGCCGUCUUCGAGGAGAAAGUCUUCUGGACUGACGUGUCCAACAGCGGCAUCUGGAGCGCCAGCCGUGUGACGGGGCGAGACGUGUCCGCCGUGGCCGAGCAUCUGCAGUCGCCCGAGGACAUCGUGCUCCAUCACAGCCUGAGACAGCCGUCCGGACAGGACUGGUGCAGAGAUGCAGCGACGCUCAACGGCGGCUGUGAGUUCCUGUGUCUGCCGGCGCCGCAGAUCAACACACGCUCGCCCAAAUACACCUGCGCCUGUCCAGAUCACCUGACCCUGGCCACCGACAUGAGGACGUGUGUGUCCGGUGUGAACGCCACAGCGCCGCCGCAGGUGACCAGCGGAAUCACAGCCGGACGCUCCGGACAGACGCCUGACCAUCAGCAGCCGGACGCCACACAGACGGGCUCUCGCAGCGGAAAUAAUGCAGAACAAGAGCCGGUUUCCAGCCCUUCCCAGCAUCCCACGGUCCUGUACAUCACACUUCCCAUCGUUGCCAUGUGUCUGCUGGUGGUUGGCAGCGUGUUGCUAUGGAGACACUGGCGGAUGAAGAACACCAACACCAUCCACUUCACCAACCCAGUGUACCAGAAGAAGACCGACGACACCGUGCACAUCUUCAGGAGCCCUAGUCUGGACGGAUACUCGCAUCCUUCGUGUCAGAUGAUCAGUAUGGAUGAAGACGCAGCCUGACGCUCCUCCAGAAGCUCCUCCAGAAGCUCAAGGUCACUUUAAUGCUGCUCUGAAGCUUUAACAGUCAGCUGAAGGAAACUCUCGUCCUCAUGUGUGAAAACUCCAGGAUCAGCCCUGAUUUCUAUAAUGAUAUAAGGAAUGAAGACACACACACACACACACACAUGUUUGUUUUUGUGAAAAGUGGGGACUCUCCAUAGGCGUAAUGGUUUUUAUACUGUACUUACUGUAUGUGCUAUUGCCCUACACCAACCCUACACCUAAACCUACCCCUUACAGGAGACUUUCUGCUAUUUCAGAUUUUCAAUACACUCCAUUCUGAGUGAUUUAUAAGCGUUUUGAAAAGUGGGGACAUGGAGUAAUGUCCUGAAAAGUCACCUUCUCCUUGUAAUACCUGCCAUACCCUCGUCAUUAUACACAUCUAUGUCCUGAUUUGUCACAAAAACGCGCACACACACACUCUCUCACACACACACACACACACUCCUGACUAACGGACAUCAUCACAGGUGAAGAGCAGAAGAUCUCAACAGAGAUUCUUCAGGAGUCUGUGGCUUUGCUACAAACAUGCCGCUGUUUUCAUUUAUGAUUUGUAAGCUUUUAAGAUCCUCUUAUUGAAGGUAUUACCACUUUGAUAUUUAAAUGAUCCUUGUAAAUAUUUGUGAUUAUGUGGAGGGCAGACAGGUGUCUCUCUCUCUUCUUGCACUAUAUAUGUUGACUGUCACAGACUUUAUUUAUGUUCUCCUUCACAGACACUUGAACAAUCUGUUUGACUCUGUUUUGCUGAAGUAUGUGUGAAUGCACAGCGCUGCUCGAGUAACAGUGACUCGUUCUGUUACUGCUGUGCUUCGUUUGCUCAGGCGUGUAGAUUGAGUUCUGGGCCUUACACAUGAUGGUGCCUGUGCAUUGUGUGUCAUAAUGUUUGAAUGCCUUUGAUGCCUUCGGUGCUCAGGGAGAUCCAGGUGACCUCUGACCUCACCUGUCCGUUAGAGUCGCACGUUUGCGUUCUGUUGUUGUAGCGCACGGCUUGUUUAUUAGCAGGCUUGUGCGGUAUGUUAUCUGAAGGAUCGGGGCGUUUUUAUCACAAACGCUCCUCAAACAUCUGCAGCUUAGUCUCUGUAGAUACUUGCCUUUAUCACACCGUCUUGAACCCAAGACCUUGUACGAAGAACACUCUUAUUUAUUGUCUAUAUGUGUGAUUUUGUUGAAUUUCUGGCUUUUAUCAUUUAAAUGUAUAGUUUAUCAGAUGUGAUGUUGAAAUGUCCUCCAGGAACUGAUGUGCACUACCGAGGGAACGAACCUGUGCGUCAUUCAGGUACUUUUAUACGUUUAUGAAGGAUGAAACACGAAUGUGAAGAAGCUCUUGGACCAAACCGGUGAAUCUUGACUGGGUUCUGGUUCAGUUACUGCUGAUGAGUCACUUGAGGUCAGUUUGACUCGUGGAGAUCAGAUGAACCUUUAUCUCAGGACUGAUGGUCCAGUGAUCCGAAUGUUCUACAUGUUUAGAGAAACAAAUAACACCCAAAGAAACAACUCCGCUGUUUUUGACAUUGUUUUUCAAUAAAUGCACAUUUUGAACCCAGAAA